AUGGCUGAAUUGAGGAAAAUUGCAAUCUCCAAUACAAACAAUAAAAGUAAAGGCAAUACCCCACUUGCAUCUGGUGCAACUACUCCAACUUCAAUGGCACCGCUGCUUAAUGAUAUGGACAGAACGGAUUCCAUGAUUAACUUGACGAAACCGGAGUUGUACAGCUACUACCAGAACGACUCAUUUGUGAACAUGGAGAAUGACCUUACCGAUAGUACAUCAGACUUGGAAUUUAAGGUUUCCCGAAGAUUACCAAAUGAAGUUGAUGGUAACGGGCGCAGUGGAUCCAACAAUUUUAUUGCUACAUCAAAUGCAAAUGAUGCUUUCCAAUUUCCAUUUAUUGUGAAACUUAUAAUCUUGUCAAGCUCAGCUUAUUUAUACAAUGAAAUCACUAGACAUAUCAAUUACGACCAUUUCAAUGACAAGCAAUUGGCCAGCUUUCCCUUGACCAUCACCCAUGUUUUUCUUUAUUCAUUUGUUUCCAAAUUCAAAUUGGGUAAUUAUAUUGAGAAUAUCGACACCAGUGAAUUGGGACGUGCGUUGGAUGGGAUUUUUGCACUUACAUUACAAGGGUUGUUAAUGGCAUCUUUGCAUCCAAUCUUUGAUAGACUUUUGCCAAAGAUUUUCACCAAAAGAUUGUUAUCAUCAAACCCCAUACAGUCAGCUUCGUCUACUUCCUCUACUUUGUCCACCUCAUCCACCUCGUCAUCAACAUCAUUGAGCAAUACAAAUUUUAUGAAUGACUUGAUUAGGACUUGCAUCACAUUUCUUGGAAUAUCAUACGCAAUUAGAAAAAUUGAGUGGUCAUCAUUUUUGCAAGUGUCCAUCAUUUGGUCCUUGAUAAAUCCCGGUUUGUGGUUACUUUUGGAUGGAACUAUUUCAGGAUUCUUGUCCUCACUUCUGGUUACCGCCUUUCGAGAGUUUCCACAUUCUUCAACAACAAAACCCCCGGGCGUGCCCCAACUUCCACCAUCUGCUUCUUCAGCGUCAAUAAUCAACAGUUCAUUACCUUCAGCACCUGUAUCAACAUCAACAGGAACAGGAACAGCGACAGAUAUCAAUUCCAAACGAACAGGUUCAGUAAACCAAAAUAACGAUGCAAAUAAUUCCAAACUAUUAUUUGGAGUUCUUCAUUCGCUCAAACUCAUUGCGUCAAACUUGACAAAGAACAAUGCAUCUGAGAAGGGUGAUGCUGAAGAAAUGGAGAUUCUCGCGCGCCGAAAUGAGUUGAAACAAUUUACACUUGGACAGUACAAGAUUCAUUUUUGGGAGUCUUUGACUCGAUUUAAGUUUAUACUUAUUAGUGAUGUUGCAGUGAAUGAGCUUCAAACGGUUUUGGAGCAACUAUAUUCGAUAUUCUUUCUCAAAUAUGUUGUGGAAAACCCAUUACUGCCUAUUGAAUUCAAGUGGAACGAGGACACUUCUACAAAGAACAGCAAUACAGUCGCUAGUGCUGGAACCGCCUCAAAUCGACUGCUGGCGCUAAGAGAGAAUGAGUUCCUGGGAAUGAUAAACAACUUGAAAUUUAUUGAGGAAACUGACAAAUAUUUGCAAUCGCUCCCAAUGUUUUAA